GCCAGCUCCGGCGGGCAGCGGGCGCUGGAGCGCAGCGCACUUCAGCUCAGCGCAGCACCAUCGGUCUGCAGAGCGGACUGAGCUAGAAGCGGAGCGCUGUCGCCGGAGGCGUGCAAUGAGGAGGGCAGGUGCUGCCUGCAGCGCCAUGGACCGGCUGCGCCUGCUGCUGCUGCUGCUUCUAGGGGUGUCCUCUGGAGGUGCCAAGGAGACAUGUUCCACAGGCCUGUACACCCACAGCGGAGAGUGCUGCAAAGCCUGCAACUUGGGCGAAGGCGUGGCCCAGCCCUGCGGAGCCAACCAGACCGUGUGUGAACCCUGCCUGGACAGUGUUACCUUCUCCGAUGUGGUGAGCGCCACUGAGCCGUGCAAGCCGUGCACCGAGUGCCUGGGCCUGCAGAGCAUGUCCGCUCCUUGUGUGGAGGCAGACGAUGCAGUGUGCAGAUGUGCCUAUGGCUACUACCAGGACGAGGAGACUGGCCACUGUGAGGCUUGCAGCGUGUGCGAGGUGGGCUCGGGACUCGUGUUCUCCUGCCAGGACAAACAGAACACAGUGUGUGAAGAGUGCCCAGAGGGCACAUACUCAGACGAAGCCAACCACGUGGACCCGUGCCUACCCUGCACGGUGUGCGAGGACACUGAGCGCCAGUUACGCGAGUGCACGCCCUGGGCUGAUGCUGAAUGCGAAGAGAUCCCUGGUCGAUGGAUCCCAAGGUCUACGCCCCCGGAGGGCUCCGACAGCACAGCGCCCAGCACCCAGGAGCCUGAGGCUCCUCCAGAGCAAGACCUCGUACCCAGUACAGUGGCGGAUAUGGUGACCACUGUGAUGGGCAGCUCCCAGCCUGUAGUGACCCGCGGCACCACCGACAACCUCAUUCCUGUCUAUUGCUCCAUCUUGGCUGCUGUGGUCGUGGGCCUUGUGGCCUAUAUUGCUUUCAAGAGGUGGAACAGCUGCAAACAAAAUAAACAAGGCGCCAACAGCCGCCCCGUGAACCAGACGCCCCCACCGGAGGGAGAGAAACUGCACAGCGACAGUGGCAUCUCUGUGGACAGCCAGAGCCUGCAUGACCAGCAGACCCAUACGCAGACUGCCUCAGGCCAGGCCCUCAAGGGUGAUGGCAACCUCUACAGUAGCCUGCCCCUGACCAAGCGUGAGGAGGUAGAGAAACUGCUCAACGGGGAUACCUGGCGACAUCUGGCAGGCGAGCUGGGUUACCAGCCUGAACAUAUAGACUCCUUUACCCACGAGGCCUGCCCAGUGCGAGCCCUGCUGGCCAGCUGGGGUGCCCAGGACAGUGCAACGCUUGAUGCCCUUUUAGCCGCCCUGCGACGCAUCCAGAGAGCCGACAUUGUGGAGAGUCUAUGCAGCGAGUCCACUGCCACGUCCCCAGUGUGAGCUCACAGACUGGGAGCCCCUGUCCUGUCCCACAUUCCAACAACUGAUGUUCUAGCCAGCCCCCACAGAGCUGCCCUCUCUCCCUCGGGGAUGGCCCAACGGUCAGAACGGAGCAUCUCUGUGCAGGGCCUCUGUGUUCCCACUCCUGACUCCGUUGCUGCUCCCGAGGGGGCCCUUGCUUCUGACCACCCUCUCCUCAGCAAGAGAGAGAGAGAGGACCACCCCGAGCCUGACUUUCUCUAUUUCCAUCUCAGGCCUUUCCUUCCUUUCUAACAUUAGCUGUGUCAGAUCUGGGGGUUUGACACUAGGAGAAGGGAGCGGGGGCACCCCUAAGACUCAGGAGGUACUGAAGAACCAGAGCCAUGGACUCCACACUGUGAACCGGAGAACAAGGGGGAGGCAUUGUGGUAGGCUAGACCUUCCUUAGCCCCUCCCUUCUCCCCUCUGGCCAAAGAAGAGGAUUACAGACCUCUCUGAGCUGAAAGCAGGUUUGGAACCCAGCCCACACUUCCCUCUCACACACAGGAUGGUAAAACCCAGAGAAAGGCAGGGACUGACCUAGGCCACCCAACCACAGGAAGAGCAAAUGAAGGCUGAUACACUCCUUUCUGAA